AUGACUGGUGGUGGACAAACCAACAAUGGAUAUCAGCAUGAGGCGGAAGAAGUUAGAGUUAAAGCAGACAAGCUGCAGUUGACCAUGGCCCGGCCUAACUAUCAACAGGAAGAGCUGAACACGGAAAUGAAUUACAGUAAACCGAAGCGACGAGUGGCGGAUGAAGUGAUGAGUUCGGUCAGAAGCUUCAGUAUGGCAGACUACAUCAAAAGUGUGUUCCCGAUCGUUGCUUGGAUACCAGAGUAUCCCUGGAAGAGUUGGUUCAUGGCUGACUUGAUCAGUGGGUUUACUGUCGGAAUUAUGCACAUCCCUCAGGGGAUGGGGUAUGCCAUGUUGGCCUAUUUACCUCCAAUCGUGGGUCUCUACAUGGCCUUCUUUCCGGUGAUAGUGUACAUUUUCCUGGGAACUUCACGACACAAUUCGAUGGGAACGUUCGCUGUAGUCUCAAUUCUGAUUAGCAAGACCAUACUGCAGUACUCCACGGCUGGUGGAGCAAUGUCUGGUAGUGUGGCUGGCAACGAUACACUAGCCGCAGUUGCUGGAGAACAGAUCGUUACCAGGGGACCUAUCGAGGUGGCCGCCACGCUGACAUUCGCCGUGUCCCUAUGGCAGAUUCUGUUUUAUUUUUGCCGAAUGGGAGUACUUUCGUUCCUACUGUCGGAAACGCUGAUUUCCGGUUUCACAACCGGUGCUGCCAUCUAUGUGUUCACAUCGCAGGUUAAUCUUUUGCUGGGUGUGCCGCUUCCUCCGAUUGUUGGAGCCUUCAAAAUUGUUCGACAAUAUGCUGCCAUUAUUGCGGCUCUCGGCAAAGUAAACUACAUAUCCGUAUCGAUAUCUCUCUGCACGAUAGCAAUACUUACCUUCAACAAUGUGUAUCUUAAGAAAAAGGUAGCAAAAUUUAGCAUUGUUCCGGUUCCUGUUGAGCUGAUACUCCUAAUCAUCGGUUCGCUGAUGUCAACACAUUUCAAUCUUGCGAAGGAUCAUGCCAUUAGAACCAUCGAGCACAUACCAACUGGUUUUCCUGAACCUGCCCUGCCGGACUGGGACCUUCUGCAGUUGAUCAUCGUGGACAGCUUCAUCGUGGCAACCGUCUCGUACGCGGUAACCGUGUCGAUGGGAACCAUAUUUGCCCAGCGGGAAAACUACGAGAUGGACUUCAACCAAGAGCUGCUGGCGAUGGGCGCCAGUAAUCUGGCGGGUUGCUUUUUCUCCUGCGCGCCCAUGUCGGCGUCUCUAUCGCGUUCCAUGGUGCAGUAUCUGGUCGGAGGAAAGACCCAACUGACGUCCAUCUUUUCCUGCUGCAUACUGGCGGUGGUACUGCUGUACAUCGGACCGUUCUUCGAACCGUUACCGGUUUGCAUCCUGUCCGGAAUAAUUAUGGUUGCCUUGCGUCGACUGCUGAUGCAAGUGACUCAGUUUGUCGAUUUCUACAGGCUAAGCACCAUUGACGCAGUCGUGUGGAUGGGCACUUUCCUGUCCACCGUCCUGGUCAGCAUUGACGUCGGCCUGCUGGUGGGUCUCUCGUUGAGUAUUUGCUCUAUCUUCUUCCGCGGUAUGAAAUCAUACACUUGUUUGCUGGAAAAUGUUCCCGAUACUGACCUGUACUUGGAUUCGAGUCGAUACAAGGGAACAGUUCGUAUUCACGGGGUGAAGAUAUUCCACUACAGUGGAAGCUUAAACUUCGCCACCCGAUCCACGUACAAAGCCAGUCUUUGCGAGGCACUGAACCUGGACAUAAUUCAGGAGCAGAAAAAACGCGACGACGAUGAGGCCAAGCGCCACCCGGAUUUGCGCUAUCUGGUGCUGGAUUGCACCCGCAUAAGCGACAUCGAUCCAUCCGCUGUUUCGUCGCUCAAGUUGUUGAUCAACGAGCUGGAAAAUCUGGCCAUUACGGUACUGCUAGCCGGUCCGUCCUGUCCGGUUUAUGAAAUGAUGCGGAAGUGUAAGCUGGUGGGUUCGGAAGAGUGUCACUAUUAUAGUUGCGUUUUUCCGACGGUUCACGAUGCGGUUGUCGGCGGAACUAGCAGUAACCUUUCAUCUGUGAGCCUCGGAAAACCUACCACUUCAUCGACGUCCGCCGAUGGUGCAGUGUUUGGCAUUGUAUCAAUGAUCUCGGAGAUGUCGGUCGCUAAAUCAUGGCUUAUUCUCGGUCUGUAUGCCAAUGGCACGUGA